CCUCUGUUUAGAAGAAUCUCUAAACCAAAUUUCAAUUCCUUUCCUUUUUUUUUUUUUUUUUUUUUUCUUUUCAAUUUCGUACCAUUUUCAACACUCAGCCACACAACAUAUACACCACAGUACUCUCUCUUCUCUCCCUCCUCCCUCCUCUCCUCCUCCUCCCUCCUCCUUCCUUCUUCCAUCAAUUAUUUAACCUCUCCGCCCUGUCGCCACCGCUGCACCUCCCCCAAAGCCAUGGCUGCUAGUUUGAGCUUUGUUAUGGGUAUCAUUGGGAAUGUGAUUUCUAUUCUGGUUUUUGCUUCUCCCAUGAAAACAUUUAUAGGAAUAGUGAAGAAGAAAUCAACAGAGAAUUACAAAGGGAUACCAUAUGUGACAACAUUACUAAGCACAAGCUUAUGGACAUUUUAUGGGAUCUUGAAGCCUGGUGGCUUACUUGUUGCCACUGUCAAUGCUGCUGGUGUUCUUUUUCAGCUCUCCUAUGUCACUCUCUUCAUCACCUUUGCCCCCAAACAAAAGAAGGUGACAACAAUGAAGAUGGUUGGUUUAUUCAAUGUUGUGUUCUAUGGAAGUGUAAUUGGUGCAACUCUUUUGGUCAUGCAUGGAUCCUUGAGACUCACCUUUGUUGGAAUCAUCUGUGCUGCUUUAACCAUUGGCAUGUAUGCUUCCCCUCUAGCUGCCAUGAAAAAUGUGAUAAGGACAAAGAGUGUGGAGUAUAUGCCAUUUUUCCUCUCAUUCUUCCUCUUCCUUAACGCUGGUAUUUGGUCUGCCUAUGCUGUUCUUGUCAAGGACAUCUAUAUUGGGGUACCAAAUGGAAUAGGGUUUGUAUUGGGGUUGGCCCAAUUGAUUCUGUACGGAAUAUACAAGAACAAGUCAAAGUCAACAAAAUCAACGGAGAUGAUGGAGGAAGAAGGAUCAGCUCAUUUGGUAGAGAUGGGAAUGAACGGUGGCGAUGAUCAUCAGAAAAACAGAAGUAUAAUCAAAGGGUUAAGCCUUCCAAAGCCAACAUUAGAUAGACAGUAUAGUGUCAAGAAUAUUUUAAGGUCACUCUCUUAUGGUCCAUACGAUUUCCACUCUACUGGACCCUUAGAUGAGAACGAUGAGGUGGAAGAUGGAAAAUUUUGAUUUCGAUUUCUUCUUACAAGAAGUAUAAUUACCAGACUUGAAUGUACUAUUUAUAUAUUAAGAAUCUGUUUGGCAAUCUAUGUUAGUAUAAGGUUUUACGAUUAUGAAAAGUUUACUUCGAAUGAAGUUGGUACAUAUGCUUGAUUAUGAAUUAAA